UUGGAGCGCUGGUCAGUAGUGUUACGUUUAUCAAGAUGUCAGAGAAAUUUAGAAUUGGACUAACUUUUUUGUUAUUUCUGCUUGUGGACUUUCAGCCCGCCUGUGGAGCCCCUGCUCCAGCCUCUGGCCCAGUGUUUAUCUCUGAUCUGGCGGCCAACGGUGUCCUGCGGAGACACAAACGUUAUAACACUGGUAUAUUUGAAGAGCUGUGGGAGGGUGACUUGGAGAGGGAGUGUUUGGAGGAAAAAUGUGAUCUGGAGGAAGCCAGGGAGUACUUCGAGAAUGAUGAAAAGACGAUGGAGUUCUGGGCAGGAUACAUAGAUGGUAAUCAGUGUAAGUCGAACCCAUGUCUGAACCAGGGGUCGUGUAACGACCACACCGGCUUCUACACCUGCAACUGUAGCUCUGCCUUCACUGGUAGGAACUGCGAGAUUGCUAUUGCAAAAAGAUGUGACGUGAACAACGGAGAUUGUAUGCACUUCUGUGACUCCGUGGGAUUCUUUGGGGCAAUAUGCUCCUGUGCUAGAGGAUACAGCCUGAUGCACGACGGAUCCAGCUGUGAAGCUGACGUUGAAUUCCCAUGCGGCAGAACUGCCGCGGCAACUAUCAGCACAUUCAGAAGAUUUCUCUCCAGCUCUGAAAAUGCCUCUUCACUGAACAACAUAACCUCUACCACAACCCCCCCUACAACGCCAGCCGGGACCACAGAGCCGUUUCAUACCACAUCUGUCCCAAUAAAAACCCGCUCUCGAAAAAGACUGCCUUUGUGGGCUCUGAGUGACUACGAGGACCCUCCCGAGCACCCGCCCAGACCUAUCCAACGCAUCAUAGGUGGUGAUGAGGCGAAGCCAGGAGAGAUCCCAUGGCAGGUAGCAUUGAUCUCACAUCCCAGCGGUCAUUUAUUCUGCGGCGGGUCCAUCCUCAGUGAAUACUGGAUCAUUACUGCUGCUCAUUGCCUUUCGGAGGGAAAAGGCUCCAUUCUGGUCAGAGUGGGUGAGCAUAACACCUUUUUUAAGGAGGACUCAGAGCAGGAUUAUGAGAUCUUGCAGCAGUACAUCCACCCUCGCUACAACGCAAGUCGCAGCCUGUACAACCACGACAUCGCCCUGCUCCGUCUCAGGGAGCCCAUCACCUUCUCCGCCACAGUGCGGCCCAUCUGCAUCGGGCCCAUGGCGUUCAGCGAGGUGCUGGUGAAGAGGUCCUCCCCGGCCACGGUCAGCGGCUGGGGCCGCCUGCGCUUCCUGGGCGCCACGUCCACCACGCUGCAGAAGGUGCUGGUCCCGUACACGGACCGCACGGAGUGCAAGCACAGCAGCAGCGAGAGGAUCACCCCGUUCAUGUUCUGUGCCGGGUACUAUGAUGAGGAGAAGGAUGCCUGUCAGGGGGACAGCGGGGGUCCGCACACGAACAGCAUGGACGACACGUGGUUCCUGACGGGCAUCGUGAGCUGGGGGGAAGAAUGCGCAAAAGAAGGGAAAUACGGAGUGUACACCCGAGUUUCUCUUUAUUACAACUGGAUAAAUCAUGUUAUGGGGGUAAAACGCACGCUGUCAAUUGAUGUGGAUGAACCUGAUCAAUGACUUUAAAGAUUUUAUAAAACAAAACAGAAGCACGAGUGUCUUCCAU